AUGUUUAGAUUACCACAGCUUAGGCAGUUAACCAGCCUUACGCGUGGAAUUGGCGCCAGGUCGUUCGCUGCCGUGGCCAGACCACAGCUACCUGUAUUGACGCAAACCAACAACGUCAACAGAUUUGGCUUUGGAACCACAGAAACACUUCAACUUCCACAGAGCUGGAACCGUCAUACCUCUGUGAACACAAUCAGCAUGCUAGAAUUACCUAAAGAUGUCUGGGAACAACAGGCAGAGAAGGAGAGCGAUGUGACUGAUAACACAGUUUACGCCGAUUCGGUGAAAAGAAAGAGAAAGCUCAAGAUGAAGAAGCAUAAGUUGAGAAAGAGAAGAAAGUUAGGCCGUGCCUUGUUGAAGAGGUUGGGUAAAGUGAAGGAUUAA